UGAAGAGCGGCGGCUGCUGAGGAGCGCGUCUGGUGUUGGGUAACGGGAGGCGAGCGAGAUCUCGUAUGCAGGAAAAAUGGCGAGCCUUGGUGGUUGGAGUCAAAAUUCAAAUGUUCCCAGUUUUGCCCAGAUGUUAAAGAGGAACCUACCUGCUCAAAAACCAAGUGCAGCGGUGAGCAGAGCUCCAGUCCAGAGUUCAUCUGCAGUACACAGUGAAAAAAAUGAGGGAGCAGCUAAAGUCACCCCAGUGACAGGUAACUUUCCAGAACCGUUCUUAUCUAAAGUUAUCCUUCCCCAGCCAGUUGUCUCUUUGACACCUAAAAAAGUCUCCAAAGAGUUCAUUGUGAAAUGCAGACGAGGUGAACUGAAUCCAGUCUCUGCUCUACACCAGUUUGUGCAAAUGCAGCGCAUGGAACUGGAAUUGAAGGAGACUGUUACUACAGCAAAUGUUUUUGGUGCAUAUUUUGCUUUCUGUGCUGUUGUCGAUGGUAUUGAAUACAAGACUGGAAUGGGACAAAGCAAAAAGGAGGCAAAGGCCAAUGCUUGCAAACUAGCGCUUGAUGAACUUCUCCUGUACGAAGAGUCUGAUCACGCAGUUCCACUUACUGAAAAUAAAAGUGCGUGUUCUGUAGGAGGUCCUCCUCUUAUUCCUGUGGAACCUACAGUCUCCUCGAAUAGUACCGUAAGAACACGAACUGACAGACGUUCCUUUGUUCACGAAAAUAUUUCCUCUACAAUUAAGGAAAUGUUUAGUAACUUGUUGUCUAAGUACCCAGAGUAUGAAAACUGUAGCAGUUCACUUGCUGCUUUUGUAAUGGAAAAAGGAGGGCAGCUUUGGGAAGUUGUUGGUAUAGGCACAGGAGAGAAUAACUAUGGGCAGGGUAUGCCGAACAACGGAAGAAUUAUUCAUGACUCCCACGCCAUUGUGACUGCAAGACGAUCCUUGCUAAGGUACUUUUACAGGCAACUCCUCCUUUUCUACAGUAACAAUUCCAGCAUGAUGGAAAAAUCUAUUUUUUGCACCGAACCAGCAACCAGCCUCCUUGCCCUAAAACAGAACUUAAACCUUUACCUGUAUAUGAACCAGCUACCUAAAGGAGCUGCCCAGACCAGUCCGCAGCUGUGUCUUAGUCCGCAUUCCCUCUCGGCACAUGAAGCUAAUGAUAACUUAAGUCUUCAUAUCUCUGUGGAAGGAAGGAACCACCCGGCGGCAUACUACCCACGUGAGAUUUCUAACCACAUGAGCAGCAUGUCCGGCACGGACAAGCUAACCCGGUGGCAAGUGCUGGGUGUGCAGGGGGCACUUCUGAGCAUUUUCAUACAGCCAGUCUACAUAACCAGCAUUAUUGUUGGGAAUGGCAGUUGUACAAAUACCAGGGGGCUGGAAAUCGCUAUAAAGCAACGCAUCGAUGAUGGCUUAACCUCACGACUGCCUAUGUUUUACUUAGUGAAUAGGCCUUACAUAAGCAUCGUCCCAGCCACUCACCCUGUCCACGCGGUGGUAGGCAAUCGGAACCUGAGUCUGAACUGGUCACAGUGUGAUUGCUCUUUGGAAAUUGUGGAUGCAUUAAGAGGAAAGAUAACUGAAAGCUCACCAUUUAAAAGCGGCGCAUCCAUGGCGAGUCGUCUUUGUAAAGCUGCAAUGUUAAGUCGCUUUAACCUGCUUAUAAAGGAAGCCAAACGAGAAGAUUUGAAUCUGGGGCUUUCAUACUAUGAGGCAAAGUGUUUGUCUGGAUCCUACCAGGAAGCAAAAUGUUUGCUGAAGUCCUAUUUUGAACAGCAGGGAUACGGAUCCUGGAUUGUGAAACCAAAUGCCAUUGAACAUUUUACAGAAUAGUUUUUUCUGCUCUCUAAAACGUUUCCGAAAAAUCAGGUUUAAUAUAUCACAAUAUAAUAAGCAACCUAGCAUAACACAAAAGCCAUCGUAUUUUUUGAAGUAUCCAGAUGAGUUUAAUCUUUGACUGUUGUCUUAUUUUUAGUUCCUUAAAGCUGAUUGCAAAAAUCACCCAUGUCAAAGCGAAUUUAAAAACCAGUAGUAAAUACUGCAUGCUGAAUAUUGUUUGAAAUU